GGCGACUUUGCGGAUCCGGAGGCCUGUUUUUUGAUGUCCAGGUUCUUUUUUUUUUUAAUUUUUUUGGUGACCCUUAUAUGACUUUUGAGAUGAAAGGCAAGGAAGACUAGUCCUUCAGCUGAAGUCUGAGAACUGCAGGAACAUAGUCUGUAGGUGCCACAGGACUGGGCUGCUGGUCUUCUGAGCUGGGUCCUUCCCUGCCGGUGCUACCAUCUCUCUACCUCACCGUUCUCGUGGGAGCCAUGAAGCUGAACAAGAGGAGUGUGGCCCACUAUGCGCUGAGUGAUUCUCCGGCAGACCACACUGGCUUCCUGCGUAGUUGGGGAGGACCAGGUUCCCCACCCACUCCCAGUGGCACUGGCCGAAGAUACUGGUUUGUUCUCAAGGGCAAUCUGCUUUUCUCUUUCGAGAGUAGAGAGAGCAGGGUCCCGCUGAGUCUUGUGGUAUUGGAAGGCUGCACGGUGGAGCUGGCCGAGGCUCCUGUACCCGAGGAGUUCGCCUUCGCUAUUCGCUUUGAUGCCCCUGGAGUGCGCCCACACCUGCUGGCAGCAGAUGGGCAGGCUGCCCAAGAGGCAUGGGUGAAGGCACUGUCCCGAGCCAGCUUUGGCUACAUGCGACUUGUGGUGCGAGAAUUGGAGAGCCAGUUGCAGGAUGCCCGUCAGAGCCUGGCCUUGCAUCGCUGUGCAUCCCAGAGGGCUGUUGCCAGUUGUAGUAAAUCUCAGGCUCCUGACCACCGAGCUCCAGACCCUGAGAAUGGCCACUUUCUCUCCAGGGACCGCAGUUCCAUUGGUACUGUGGAAGAAAGGGGGAUCCGGCCAAUAGGUCGGGAUUUGACCGAGUGGGAGUUACAGGGCCCUGCUAGCCUCCUCCUAAGCAUGGGACAGAGCCCCGUGUCCCCUGAGAGCUCCUGUUUCUCUACCCUGCAUGACUGGUAUGGGAAGGAGAUCAUGGAGCUGAGGCGAGGGUGGCAGCAAAGGGCCAAAGGGAGCCAGCCAGAGAACAAGUCACAGAAUAGGCCCUGAGCCAGAGCCCUGUAAGCUAUGGCCCUGUCCUGCUGGUCAGGAUGCCGGGGUCAGAACAUCAGGGGUUAAAUAUUUACUCAUUUACCAGGUUACUGUGUGUGUGUUCCCCUGCUCUGUAGACUUUCUCUAGCUUCCAGAUCCUCCCUUCUCGCUGGCAUGAACUGAAGCAUCAUGACUCCCUACUUAUUUUCUGAGGUCUAGAAAGGCCAGGUGGUUGAUGGGAAGAUAAUAUAAUUCAGGAAGGGGGGCUCUGCUCUCUAGCCAUAAAGAACAACACAAGAAGUCUUGGGCAUCUCCAUGCCAGAGGUGACAGGAAGUGGCUUGAAGACUGACAUCGUUGUAGCUUGGGCAGGGCUCUCUGUAGGAGAAGGUCUUUAGGUGCUAAAGAGGGAUUUGUCCUCUCUCCCGCUGCUGCCCUGUCCAUGUAUAGUGCUGGACAUUGCCCGCAGGGAGGCAGGCAGCCUUUAAUAUAGAAGAGCUGACCUGUCGUCAUGGCCACUUGUAGGGACUCUUGUUACCUAGCCCGCUUGCUCCUAAGGCUUGUCUGCUGAGGGCUCUCAUAG